AUGUCGAAGUCCGCCAUCACUGGCGGCCACGUCAGGGCUCAAAGCUUAAGAAUACCCGACAUCAUACCUGUGUUCUUCGGGAGUCUCGAGGAGUCGCGGCCUGUACGAGAAGAUCCAAAGCACAAGGAUUACGCCAGCAGGCUCCAAGAUGAGAUGGAAAAAGUUGACGCCUUCAAAAGAGAGCUAGAUAUGUGCUUGAUUCUCCUUCGCAAUGAUAUAGGUGCUGAGGAUGUGAAUAAUGAUAUGACUGUCGUCAAAUAUGUUGGGGACAUGUACAAGUUCUACAAAUCGGCUGAGAAGGAGGGCCUGGCUCACAACUACAUAGACACGCAAUCCGCGAUAAACGAGAAAAUUCAUCGGAUCAUGAUCAGCUGGUUAGUUCCGACCCAUAACAAAUUUGAGCUCUCCCUCGAGACAUUUGACCUCACUGACUAG